AUGGACAACGCGACCUUUAAUUCGACCAAUGGCACUUUCACCAACGGCACAUUUAAUGGCACAGAUGGCUCUUCCUUUACGCCACCUGCACCAAAGCCCUUCUGGACGAACCUUCUACUACCCAUACUUUACCUCACGAUCCUGAUAGGAUCACUAUACACUUUCUCCACAGUCUACCGCAAGCGUCAAAUACAGAAGGCCGCACGGUUAGAGUCCUGGUUCCCUCCGCACAGGCAGAGGGACAUCUAUCUGUCACUGCUGCAUAUCGAUCCUCGGGAAGCGAGCGAGGGAGACAGUGAAAAGACAUUGAGCAGAGUGCCAGAGAGCGUGUUGAAAGCAGCGCUUUUGAGGCGAGCUGUGGAGGACAUUCAACGGAUCGUACAAUUGAGGAGUUCAAAGCCUGCUCUACAACAUUUACUUCAGCGUGGUAGCGUAGGUGACGAGCUAUGGCAGCGCUUUCAGCGAGCUGAGAAGGAAAUGGAAGAGGAGGUCAAGGACGUUGUCAAUGAGGCCAAUGCAUUCCAGCAAGGAUGGGGGCAAAUCAUCUUCCAAUCCGCGAACGAGAUCAACCAGAACCGCCUUAUCAAGGAGCGUAUUACAGAACUGCAAUCAAAGGUCGACGCUGAGAAAGCAUGGUGGGAGAAGAGGAGAGAAGGCAUUUCGUCCGGAUUCAUGGCAGAGCUUGAGGAAGAGAGUGCAAAGAAGGCGGAAGCUGAGGCAGCGGCAGCAACGAAGAAGAGCAGCAGCGAUGAUGAUGCAGUGCUGGUAGAGGCUGGCGGACCAGCGACUGGGUUUGACGGCGGGUCAGCUAAGAAGAGGAAUAAGCCGAAGAAGUGA